AAUGUUAUCUAAUUCAAGGAUUCAUAUUACAAGACUUGUAAUACAAUCUAAUGUAUAUUAAAAUAUGAAUCUUAAGUCAUCUAAACCGCAAAUCGGAGUCAUUGGUGGCGGUGUUGUCGGUCUAUCGACGGCUUUAUAUAUUCAGCAAACUAUACCAUCUGUAGAAAUCACUGUAAUUGCCGAUAAAUUUCUUAAUGAAACACUUAGUUAUGGAGCGGGAGGUCUAUUCAGACCGGAAGUUAAUAUCGGAACAUCAAAAGAGAUAGCCGAGGAUUGGGCCACAACAAGCUAUAAUCACUAUCUUAAGCUAUGUAUGUCAAGUGAUGCAAAUGCAAGUGGUAUGCAAUUGGUAUCGGGUUAUCAUAUGAACUCCUAUUCCCAGGAAAGUCUCAAUAAUGGUUUGUUGGCUAAACUAUUGCCUGAUAUUCGAGACUUUAAUGAUAACGUAAGAAAUUUAUUCCCAAAACGUUUCAAAUAUGGUGUGACAUAUACGACAAUAAUAACUGAUCCCCGAUAUUAUUUGCCGUAUUUAACUAAUAAACUGAUCCAAAAUAAUGUCCGAUUUAUUAAUAGACAUAUCGAUAAUUUGUUUCAAAUUGCUGACAAUUAUGACAUUGUUGUCAACUGUAGUGGUCUUAAUUCAAAAAAAUUAGUCAACGACUGGAAGCUAACCCCAGUUAGAGGACAAACAAUUAAAGUGAAGGCGCCGUGGAUUAAACACUUUUAUUUUGCUGAUGAAUCUUAUGUUAUUCCCGGUCGGGAUUACGUAACAUUAGGUGGUAUUAAACAAUAUGGUAACUCUGACCUAAACGUCAACUAUUUGGAUAGAGAGUCUAUUUGGCAGCGCUGUACUCAAGUAGUGCCAAGUCUUCAAAAUGCAGAAAUAGUUAUGGAUUGGGUCGGACUUAGACCACAGAGACAACCCAUUAGAAUAGAGGCGGAAAUUAUGACCGAUAGUGAUCACAAUCAUAUGAAAAAUAAUCUUAAAGUAAUCCAUAACUAUGGACAUGGAGGUCAUGGUAUAACAUAUUCUUGGGGAACAGCAAAACAUGCCACACAUUUGGUCCAACAAAUGCUGUCAACAAAUAUGUCUCCUAAACUAUAAGUAAUUGAAUGACAUAUUAAAUAAGAUUGAUAUUGA